AUGAAUUGGGCCUUCCUCGAGGGCCUCCUUAGCGGGGUGAAAAAAUACUCCACGGCGCUUGGUCGCAUCUGGCUCGCCAUUGUCUUCAUCUUCAGGCUCUUGGUCUUCCUGAUGGCCUGCGAGAAGGUCUGGGGUGACGAGCAGAAGGACUUUGACUGCAACACCCGGCAGCCCGGUUGUCACAACGUCUGCUACGACCACUACAACCCCAUCUCCUACACCCGACUCUGGGCUCUUCAGCUGAUCUUCAUCACCUGCCCGUCCUUUCUUGUGACGCUCCACGUCUCCUACCGAGAAGAACGCGAGCGCAAACACUGACUGAAGUACGGAGAAGACUGCGCCCCGCUGUACGAUCACACGGGGAAGAAGCGAGGGGGUCUGUGGUGGACCUACUUCUUAAGCCUGCUGUUUAAGAUAUCGGUGGACGGCGUGUUUUUCUUCCUGCUGUUCUACAUCUACGAGGCCACGUUCUUCCCACCGUUGGUGAAAUGCAACAUAGAGCCGUGUCCCAAUGUGGUGGACUGCUACAUCGCCAGGUAA